CACACACCACUUUGGACACACAGGCAGGGCUUCUCCCAUUCCAUCCCAAGCCGGUAGCCCCAUGUCGCCUGGAACCGAGCGGCCUGGCCUCCCCCUUUCCAUUUGUCUUCCCUUCCCUGACCAUCCACCGGAAGGCAAUGAGAAUGAGCCAAAGCACUUUUGCACAGGACGCGCCACACCUCAGCCAUGGCGCAUCGGCGCCUGCGACCCCAUUCAUUCAACUCCCCCUCCCUUGGACCACCCACCUGCACACAAGAAUACCAAUGGUGGGCGCCUUGGCACACUCAAACUACCUUACGCACUACCUUCCAGGUUCUUACCAGGGUACCUACCUUAGGUAGGUACCUACACUACUAGGCCCGUUGCAGGCGGACAGGAGGUCUAAACUUUUUUCCGUCCAAUCUUCCCUUCGGAACCGGACCUAGGCUGGGCUGGCCCAGCGUACGCCAGGUCUUGGUUUGCUUUUUUGUUGCUUGGGCGUGCCACUGCCCGGGCUUAGUCCAGUCCUGCUGCCCGUACUUGUGCGGAGGUAUUCGGUACUUACCAUAC